AUGUCGUCCGACCGUCCCGAGUUAAAGACUUCGCUCCCCUCGAUUCAUGCCGCGUCGGCCCGACAAUCAAAUAAUACAAGCCCGCCAAAGUCGAGAGCCAGCAAUGCCCGUCGCUCGCCACUAAAGCCCAAGCAGAAGCCCUCCAAACCAGAGACAGAUCCCCGCCAUCUGGCAAUAGCUCUACACCAUGCUCAUCGCAUCCAGGCGCAGAAAAAUGCACAGGAUAUCAUCCUAGAUCGCAUCCUCGAGCUCCUCGCUCUGCCAUCUUCUCAAUCUGCAGAUCCUGCCGCCCCUUCCGCUGAAGAUACUGAGAAAUUCAAGACCGCUUUAAUACCCUUCCAGCCCGCUGAUUACGAUAACUUAAUACAAGAAAGGAAUAUCGAAGGUCUCUGCGGGUAUGGACUCUGUCCUCACGAGCAUCGCAAGGAAAACUCAAGGGGUAUGUAUCGGAUAACUUGGGGCGCUAGAGGAAGCGGUCCAGGCGGUCGCGGACGGGAUAUGAACAUUGUCCCGCGAGAGAAGUUCGAGAUGUGGUGUUCUGAUGAGUGUGCCGAGCGAGCAAUGUACAUUCGAGUACAACUGGCGGCAGAGCCCGUCUGGGAGAGGCGGGGAGACGACCUACGAGGAAAGCAACUUCUCUUACUCGAGGAGGGCAGGGCAACCAAGGGAAAGAGUGCAGUGAGAGACUCAACGAGCGUUAAGGAAGUCCUUGGUCAGUUGGACAAUCUUCACAUGGACACUACGCCAGAGCCGAGCGCGGUAGCAGAUGAAAUUUCAAAACUGUCGGUCAAGGAUGAUGCCCGCUCGCGGGAACUCGCUAUGGAGCGCGGCGACCAAAACCCAGCUCUUCAUGCUGGCAGGGUUGAUGUUCAGAUUGAAGAGAACAUGAAUCCCAACAGGCCCAUCACUUCGCCAGAGAUGCGACCCGGAGAUGAGAAGGGAGGAUCCAUUGAAGGAUAUUUGCCGCAUGAAGCGUAA